AUGAACACGAUGGAACCAAACACGGCGGAGAAGGCUGUCGUCAUGAAAGCGCAUUGUUACCUUCUUUCAGCUGGACUCUCCAGUGAUUUGAUGGCUGGAGUCCUUGGCUUCUUGGAUCGAGAGAGUGUCAUCAACUGCGUUGCCGUCGGUGAAAUCUGCCAUCCAUUCCAACUGUCGGAUUUCUACUGUCCUGCGCAUGGCAACAAGCUAGAACACCAGACCAUUCUUCGACAGGAACUCCAGGAUGACGAGGAGGACGAUGCACAAGGUUCGACCAAAACCAAUGCUGCUACUCUGGAGUGCGAAGAUUGUGUCAUGGAAGAGUUUGGAUUUGAGCGGUGCCCGUCGUGUCAGAAAUUCCAUUUGAUGGACGACUUUUCGGAGUGCUUCAGCUGUGAGCUUGUGUGCUGCAAGCGCUGUGCCAAGAAGAAAGGAAUGCGUCGAUGCCGUGGAUGUUCCCAAUGGUUCUGUGGUGGUUGGGUGGAUGAUGAUGAUGAUGAGACCUGUCAAAUUCAAAAAUGCUCUUGCUUCCGUGGUCGGUGCUCUGCCUACUUUUGCAAGACAUGCUCGGGCACCCACAACAAAUGCUCCAUUUGUGGAAACAACUGCAAGAAAAAGGCAAAGUACUGUUUUGGCUUGGCAUGCAAACCCGACUGCUUCUUGGCUCGUGAACUUGUUGUGGGAUGA